AUGGGGAACCGCAGCACAGUGACCGAGUUCACCCUGACAUCCUUCCCAGUGCUCCCUGAGCUUCGGGCCUUCCUCUUUGUGGUUCUCUUGUUCACUUACACGUUAACUGCAACAGGAAACAUUGUCAUCAUUUCCCUAAUAUGGACAGAUAAUCGCCUGCAAACCCCAAUGUACUUCUUCCUCAGUAACCUGUCCUUUCUGGAUAUUUUAUACACCACUGUUGUUACCCCAAAGCUGCUAGCCUGCCUCCUAGGAGAGAGAAAAACCAUAUCUUUUGCUGGCUGUAUCACCCAAACAUACUUCUACUUUUUCCUGGGGACAGUGGAGUUUAUCCUGCUGGCGGUGAUGUCCUUUGACCGCUAUGUGGCCAUCUGUAACCCCCUGCGCUACCUCGUCAUCAUGAACAGCAGGGCCUGCCUCCUGCUAGUCCUGGGCUGCUGGGUGGGGGCAUUCUUGUCUGUGCUGGCACCAACCAUUGUAGUGACAAGGCUACCUUACUGUCACAAAGAAAUUAAUCAUUUUUUCUGUGACAUUGCCCCUCUCCUGCAAGUGGCCUGUAUAGAUACACACCUCAUUGAGAAGAUAGACUUUCUCCUAUCUGCCCUUGUCAUUUUGAGUUCCCUGGCCUUCACUACUGGGUCCUACACCUACAUCAUUUCUACCAUCCUGCGCAUCCCCACAGCCCAAGGCCGUCAAAAAGCUUUUUAUACCUGCGCUUCUCACAUCACUGUUGUCUCCAUUGCCUAUGGGAGCAACAUCUUUGUGUAUGUGAGACCCAAACAGAACUAUUCACUGGAUUUUGACAAGGUAGCUGCUGUCCUCAUUACAGUAGUGACCCCCCUUCUGAAUCCUUUCAUUUAUAGCUUGAGAAAUGACAAAGUGAAAGAAGUGUUGAGAGAUGCAAUGGAUAGAAUCAUGUUCUUGAUACUAAGGAAAACACGUUAG